CCAGACCUACAUUCUGGACUGGAGUCAAGAUAGGCACUGAAACAGCGACCGACUGCAACACGCCUUGUCACCAGCUCCUCCCGAACCAUCGCCGAACACGCCCGGAGGCGCCUGAUCCUCCGCGAUGGUUCUCCAAGACCUCGGCCGUCGCAUCAAUGCGGCGGUCACCAAUCUCACGCGCGAGCAGAACCUCGACGAAAAGGCCUUUGACUCGAUGAUCAAGGAGAUUUGCUCGGCCCUCCUCGAAGCCGACGUCAACGUGCGCCUUGUCGGCCAGCUGCGCAAAUCCAUCAAGAGCACCGUCAACUUCAAAGACCUCCCCCCCGCCGUCAACAAGAAGCGCCUCAUCCAAAAAGCCGUCUUUGACGAACUCGUCAAGCUUGUCGACCCGCACGCGGAGCCGUUCAAGCCGAAAAAGGGCAAGCCCAACGUCAUCAUGUUCGUCGGUCUGCAGGGCGCCGGCAAGACGACCACGUGCACCAAGCUCGCCCGCCACUACCAGACCCGCGGUUUCCGCUCAUGCCUCGUCUGCGCCGACACGUUCCGAGCCGGUGCUUUUGAUCAGCUGAAGCAGAACGCGACCAAGGCCAAGAUCCCAUACUACGGCUCCCUCACGGAGACGGACCCUGCCGUCGUCGCCCGCGCCGGUGUCGAGCAGUUCAAAAAGGAAAAGUUCGACGUCAUCAUCGUGGACACGUCGGGUCGCCAUCGACAAGAAUCGGCGCUGUUCCAGGAAAUGGUGGAUAUCCAGACGGCGAUCCGGCCCGACGAGACCAUCAUGGUGCUGGACGCGUCGAUUGGCCAGCAGGCCGAGUCGCAGGCCAAGGCGUUCAAGGAAGCGGCCGACUUUGGAGCCAUCAUCAUCACCAAGACGGACGGCCAUGCGCACGGUGGCGGCGCCAUCUCGGCGGUCGCAGCGACGCACACGCCCAUCGUCUUCAUCGGCACGGGUGAACACAUGCUGGAUCUGGAGCGGUUCGCGCCGCAGCAGUUUGUGCAGAAGCUCCUGGGCAUGGGCGACAUGGCCGGGCUCGUGGAGCACGUGCAGAGCCUCAACCUCAACCAAAAAGACACGAUGAAGCACAUCCAGGAGGGAAUCUUCACGGUCCGGGACCUGCGGGACCAGCUGUCCAACAUCAUGAAGAUGGGGCCGCUGUCCAAGAUGGCCGGCAUGAUCCCGGGCAUGAGCGGCAUGAUGCAGGGCAUGGACGACGAGGAGGGCAGCGCCAAGCUGAAGCGCAUGAUUUACAUUUGCGACUCGAUGACGGACAAGGAGCUGGACUCGGACGGCAAGAUCCUCAUAGAACAGCCCAGCCGGAUGACAAGGAUAGCGCGGGGGUCGGGCACGUCGGUGCGCGAGGUCGAGGACCUGCUGACGCAGCAGCGGAUGAUGGCGGGCAUGGCCAAGAAGAUGGGCGGCAACAUGAAGAACAUGCAGCGGGCGCAGCAGGCCAUGGGCGGCGGCAACAAGGCGCAGCAGAUGGCGGCCAUGCAGAAGCGGCUGCAGAGCAUGGGCGGCGCGGGCGGCGCCGGGGGCAUGGGCGGCAUGGGCGGCAUGGGCGACAUCAUGAAGAUGCUGGGCGGAGGCGGCGGCGGGAUGCCGGACAUGGGCAACCUACAGGCCAUGAUGAAGCAGAUGGGCAUGGGCGGCGGGAUGCCGGGGAUGCCAGGGGCUGGUGGCGGCGGACGCGGGCGCAGGUAAUGGCGGCCCGACCGACGUGAACGGAUACGCAUGAGGAGGGUAUGUGGGUGCGAAGAAAUUGUUUGACGAGACGAGACGACGGUAGACGGGGGAUGGAUGGUCAUUGAUACGAGCAUUGGGACCGGCGUUGGGGCGAGGAACUGCGCAACGAGCCACGACGGCUCUUGGUUGAACAAAACAAGUCAUGCAAGCACAGCUACUCUGUAUACGAGAGGCUCGCCGCCUCGUUGUCAGCACUGUAAACGGAGGAUUGUGCCACGGCUGGUGACGACGAUAUGCGGCCAUGGGGACACAAUGAGUAGGUGCCCAGCCAGACAGACAGCCGUGUGGGUCAAUUUGGUGUGACAUCAAUUUGGACUUGUUGAACAAGCAUAACAAGCUUGAUCUGAAUUCUCUUUGUUCCCCGGCAGCUGCGGCGUUGACACCCUGAGCCUUGGGUGAUUGAGAGG